AUGGUGUCUUUGAGGAGGUAUUUGCGGGCUCCGAAGAGUCUGAAACCGUCUGAGAUAUUCAAGCAAGAUUCUUUGUCACCGGGGAAAAUCACCGUUCAGAUUGUUAUACUCCAGUUGUUCUACUAUGCUACGGCGAUCGUUCUUUUCUACAUCUGGGCAAAGCUUGUAGGACACAAGCUUGUGAUGCUGGACUGGCUGUUUUCGUCAAAAUAUAUCGAUUUCACAAACGGCUACGGUCUCUCCGUGUCCAUCAUCUGGCUCUUAGACUCGCUGAUUUGUGUCAUAUUCCUCACUGUAAUUGUUGGAAGAAGCAAACUUGCCUGGGAUUUUGGAGUCACAGUGCAUGCCAUAAAUUUCAUAAUUUUGUUGCUGUACACAAAACAUCUACCGUCUAUGUCCUGGGUAGUUUUACAGAUACUGUCCUCGCUGGUACUUAUAUUCUUAGGAACGUGGACCUCGAGGUGGCGUGAAUUGAAGGACACUUUUUUCGAAGGCAUGGUGGAAGCAACGGAUAUAUCUACAGGGAUGGGAAAUUUGGAAUCGAGUACUAGUGAAGCCGGUAUUGAAAUGAAAGAUUUAGAGAGUCAAAGGUGA